AGUAGCCUACAGUAGUCCCCGACGGUUGGCUACACAUUUGCAGACAGCGCGUCCAUGCGUAGCACAGGCAGGGAGGAUGCUGGUGCUGAGAGAGACAACCAGUUGCUCUUCAGCUGUCACAGUUAAAGUGGAGCCUCCCCAACACACCGACGGAUGAACAUCCUCGACCUGUUGCCUCGGCGGGAAGAAAAGUAGAGCUGCAUUGUGACGGGUGCCAGAAAAGAAAGAAGUUGGUUCUUCUGUUUAGGAGUGAGGUCAAAGACUGAUGCCAUGAGGUGUAUCAAUGUGUUCGUUAUUAAUCUACUACGUUUUGAAUAGCAGAAGGAAGAGGAACGGAGUUGGUUUUGGGGGGUCCACCUCCUCGGCGUGGAGGUGCGGUUUGCGGUGAUAUCUGUCUUUGUCUCGGGGCUCUGAGUAGGAGGACCAUGGUCGAACUGGAGAAGGAGGUGCUCCCGCUGCCCCCUCGGUACCGGUUUCGAGACCUGUUGCUCGGGGAUUGGCAGACCGACGACAGGGUGCAGGUAGAGUUCUAUGUGAAUGAGAACACUUUCAAGGAGCGCCUCAAGCUGUUCUUCAUCAAAAACCAAAGAUCCAGUUUGCGAGUGCGGAUGUUUAACUUUGCUCUUAAAGUGCUGAGCUGCCUCCUCUACAUUGUCAGAGUCCUAUUGGACAACCCGCAAGCAGAAAGACAGGACUGCGUAAGCGGAGUGAACUGCACCAGACAAAACACAUCAUCCCGUCCCUGGAGUGAGUUUGACUGGAAACUGAUCAUCUGGGUGGAUAGACCUCUACCGCUGUGGGGACUGCAGGUGCUUGUGGCUUUCAUCAGCUUUUCAGAAACGAUGUUGCUCGUGUAUCUCAGCUACAAGGGCAACGUUUGGGAGCAAGUAUUGCGUGUACCCUUCAUUCUGGAGAUGAUCAGCGCCAUUCCCUUCAUGAUCACUGUGAUUUUGCCCUCCUUCAGAAAUCUCUUUAUCCCUGUAUUUCUCAAUUGCUGGCUGGCCAAACACGCUUUGGAGAACAUGAUACUCACCAGUUUUUUUUCUGCUAUGAAGAAUGAUCUCCACAGGGCGAUCCAGCGGACACACUCAGCUAUGUUUAACCAGGUGGUGAUACUCAUCAGCACGCUGGUCUGUCUGAUGUUUACAUGCAUCUGCGGUAUCCAGCACCUCGAAAGAGCAGGCAACAACCUGACCCUGUUCGACUCGCUGUACUUCUGCGUGGUCACCUUUUCCACUGUGGGCUUUGGAGAUGUCACCCCCCAAAUCUGGCCCUCGCAGCUCCUGGUGGUCAUCAUGAUUUUUGUUGCGCUCAUUGUGCUCCCCAUCCAGUUCGAGCAGCUGGCCUUUCUGUGGAUGGAGCGGCAGAAGUCCGGGGGAAACUACAGCCGCUACAGGGCACAGACGGAGAAACACGUGGUGCUGUGCGUCAGCUGUCUCAAGAUCGACCUCCUCAUGGACUUCCUUAAUGAGUUCUUCGCUCACCCCCGACUUCAGGACCAUUAUGUGGUGAUCCUUUGUCCAGCAGAGAUGGAUGUCCAGGUUAGGAGGGUCCUUCAUGUCCCUCUGUGGGCCCAAAGAGUCAUCUAUCUGCAGGGUUCUGCCCUCAAAGACCAAGACCUGAUGAGGGCCAAGAUGGACGAUGCUGAGGCCUGCUUUAUCCUCAGUAACCGGUUUGAAGUGGACCGCAUUGCUGCUGAUCAUCAGACCAUCCUCCGAGCCUGGGCAGUGAAAGACUUUGCUCCAAAUUGCCCCCUGUACGUCCAGAUUCUCAAGCCAGAGAACAAGUUCCACGUCAAGUUUGCAGAUCAUGUGGUGUGUGAAGAAGAGUUUAAGUAUGCCAUGCUGGCUUUAAACUGUGUGUGCCCUGGUACCUCGACGCUCAUCACUCUUUUGAUCCACUCCUCCAGAGGACAAACGGCGCCCCAAGAAGCCUUCAAGCAACGUGUAGGAGCCUUUCAAGCCCUCAACAGGGAGGGCGGUGCGUGUUCAGCGGACCAAUGGCACCGAACCUACCGGCGCUGCUCAGCCAAUGAGGUGCAUCACAUCCGCCUGGAGGAAAGUAAAUUCUUCGGGGAAUACCAGGGCAAGAGUUUCACCUUUGCCUCCUUUCAUGCUCAUAAAAAGUAUGGAGUAUGUCUGAUUGGAGUACGCAGAUUGGACACCACCAACAUCCUGCUGAACCCUGGUCCCUGCCACAUCAUGGGGGCCUCUGACACAUGCUUUUACAUCAAUAUCUCCAAAGAGGAGAACUCCGCAUUUGUCAGGGGCCAGAGAGAGCCAUCAUGGGGCGGCACGGGAGGAAAUGCCAGGGGAGUGCACCAAACCAUCUACCACGGACUCACCCGCCUGCCAGUCCACAGUAUUAUCGCCAGCAUGGGCACAGUGGCCAUCGACCUGCAGGACUCCAGUGACAGCAGCCCGGAAGGCCAGGACCCAGGGAGCACCGGGCUGGGCAGCGGAAGAGGAAGCAGGAGCAGCUCCAGGACAGAGAUGGGUGGCACUAACACUUUGGCCCUGCCUGCCUUGGGAGACUCAGCCGAGGAGAGGCGGCACAGCAUCGCUCCCGUCCUGGAGCUGGUGGACGGUGUCAACAACCCCGCCUUUGACUUGCUGGGAGACCAGUCAGAGGACGAGGGAGGAGAAGAGGGCAAGGACGACAGUGACAGAGAUGAGAGCGCCCAUUGGUGGGGUCGACACUGCGAAUGGGUGAAGGGAUACCCGCUGAACUCUCCAUACAUCGGCAGCUCGCCUACAUUGUGCCACCUUCUUCAAGAAAAGAUGCCUUUCUGCUGCCUGCGCAUGGACAAGGCUUGUCACCACACCCUUUUUGAAGAUGCCCGCUCCUAUGGCUUCAAAAACAAAUUGAUCAUUGUGUCUGCGGAGAGCGCAGGGAACGGUCUGUACAACUUCAUUGUGCCUCUACGGGCGUACUACCGACCCAGAAAGGAGCUCAACCCCAUCGUGCUGCUGCUAGAGAGCAUACCUGAAGCAGACUUCCUUGAGGCAAUCUGUUGGUUUCCCAUGGUGUUCUACACAGUGGGCUCCAUCGACAAUCUCGACAGUUUGCUGCGAUGCGGAGUGACUUUUGCAGACACUAUGGUGGUGGUUGACAAGGAGAGCUCCAUGAUUGCAGAGGAGGACUACAUGGCCGAUGCAAAGACCAUCGUCAAUGUCCAGACGCUCUUCAGACUGUUCCCAGCUCUUAGUAUCAUCACGGAGCUCACCCACCCUGCCAACAUGCGCUUUAUGCAAUUCAAAGUCAAAGACCACUACUCUCUAGCUCUGUCCAAAUUGGAAAAGAAGGAAAGGGAGAAGGGGUCCAACCUGGUGUUUAUGUUCCGCCUGCCCUUCGCUGCAGGGAAGGUGUUCAGUGUCAGCAUGCUGGACACUCUCCUCUACCAGUCAUUUGUGAAGGACUACAUGAUCUCCAUCGCCAGGCUGCUACUGGGUUUAGACUCCAUGCCUGGCUCGGGUUUCCUCUGUGCUAUGAAAAUCACAGAUGACGACCUGUGGAUCCGCACCUACGGCAGGCUAUACCAGAAAUUGUGCUCCUCCAAUGGAGACAUUCCAAUUGGCAUCUACCGGACAGAGGCACAUAAGCUUCCAGUUUCUGAGUCCCAGGUAUCAAUCACAGUGGAAGACUACGAGGACACCAGAGAACCCAGAGAGCCCCUCUUGUCCCGGACCGGUGCUCAUCGGAACUCCACGUCCUCUGAGCCCGUCUCCACCUCUUCCCACUCCUCAGACCACCCGCUGCUCAGGAGGAAGAGCAUGCAGUGGGCACGGCGGCUGAGCAGGAAGGGGGGUCGGGGCUCUAAUGCAGCCAAGGGGGGUCCAGGCAGCGCGGCAGAGAGGAUCAGUCAGCAGAGACUGACCCUGUUCCGGCGCUCAGAGAGGCAGGAACUCAACGCCCUGGUGCGAACCAGGAUGAAACACCUGGGCCUUUCUCCAACUGGAUUCAAUGGGAUGACAGACCAAGGGAACAGACUGUCUUAUAUCCUCAUCAACCCUUCUCCAGACACCAGACUGGAGCUGCACGAUGUUGUGUACCUGAUCAGACCAGACCCCCUCUCUCUGGUACCCAAUCAGGGAAGCAGCAGGAAGUGCAGUGCCGGACUCUCAGAGAGCCACAGGUUCGAUACGCAGGACAGCACCCAUCUGUGAGAGACAAAAAAACCCCAUACAUUUUCUGUCAAAACACUGCCAGAUAGAGAAAAAACAACAACACAAUCAAGAAAUGGUGAGACGGAAAGGGAUGCAACCAGAUACCACAAGGCUCUUGUAUUUUCUUCAGUCUUGGUGAACUCAGAGGUGCCGGACAUGCAUGGACCUUUUCUGUAACAAUGGGAAUGUUUUAUUUAUGCACCUUGCUAUUUUCAAAGUGGAGAGCUGUGGACACAGAAGUGCAUUUAAUGAAAAACUGUAUGUAUUUAUAUCUGUGUAUGUGCAUGUUAUGUACUGCAUCAUGUACAUGCAGUGUGUAUGUGUGUGUGUGUACUGUACGUAUGCGCUAGUGUGUGAAUGAAUGUGUAUGUAUGCUUAUGGAUCAAGAGCAAGACACUGCCAAUUGUAUCUGGACAGCCAAAGGAAUCUGCUGUCAAAUGAAAGUCAAGGGAUGUUUAUUUGUGUGUCCCUCUCUUUUGUCGUAGGUGCGUUUUGUCACACGUAAUGUUGUUGGAGGUAUUACACUACAGUGCACACACCCUGUGAGGUUUUAUUGUUUUUUGGGGGUUCUUCAUAAAGCCUUUUUGAAACUUUUUACCUGUUGCUUACACAGUCAAACGCACACAUUUGUUUUACGCUCACCAGCAGCGGAGGAAUCCAAAGAGCAUGAGUCUCAAUAAUGAACAUAAAUAUACAACAAACAUGAAUCGUCACUGCAGGGCAUUCAGUCACAUUGAUGUCUGAAGUAUGUGUCUUCAAUUAUAUGAGUUCUCUUAGAACAAAUCUGUUCCUGAGUUUAUUGUUUGCCUGUUUUUUCUUAAAGUCCCACUCUCUCUGCUUCUGUCAGUCAGUGUGAGCCGUCCUGCCACCAGCUUGCUUUUGCUGACAUGCAUGUUAGAGAUGCAGGGGGUGGACAAAAUAACAGGAGCAUAUAUCAUAAUAUAAUACCAACCAGUACAAUAGCCAUGCAGUAAAUACUACCUUUGUGAAGCUUAUAACUUAACAUUUUUGAGACAGUGUCAGAGAAGUGCUGAUUCAGCUCUCAGUUUUGAAGCCGAUUUAUAAGCUUUGCAAUUAAAUAUUUGCUGUAUUUAUUGUACACUGCAAUAAAUAUCCACUUUUCAAGUAUUUUAUUUGCUAAUUGAGAAUUAAAAUCUAUACUAUAAUUUGGUGUUCAGCCAGAAACUAAUUUCUCUGAAUGCAAGUGAAAAAUGUGCCAGUAGAUUAUUCUGCUUGUUUUUUCAGCCUAGUCUACUUUAUCUAAUAGAUUUUCAGUUGUUAAAAGAAACGUGAGAUUUCAAUCUGUUAAAUUGAAGUAAAUUACUUGUUAGGGUGGACAUUUAUGCCGUUUGUAUACCAAGGAUUUGCAAGCCUCUGUAAAUCUUCUGUCAGAAAUCCUGAAUGUGCCGUUUCACACAGAAAUGGUGCAGCCAUGUGGUGGGAAUGUUAACUGGCAUCCCUGCCAACACCACUGCUGUAGCUUUAGUGCCAUCAUAACAAAUGAAAAUAUGUAUAUAUUAAAUUCAGUCAUUAUA